AUGAGAUUCUCCUUCGCGAUCUUCUCAGCCCUGAGCGCCGUGGUCGUCGCGCACGCGUCGCUGCCCAGCGUCGCGGGCAUCAAUACCCUACACAAGCGCCAGGAGUGCGGCGCCGGCGUGGGAUCCUGCGCUCCGGGACUGUGCUGCUCUGAGGGUGGUUGGUGCGGAAAAACUCGUGAAUACUGUGGUGGCUCACAGUGCCAGCUCGAAUACAGCGACUCUUGCGAUACAUUCAAAGGGCCAUCUGGGCCGUCUACAGAAGAUGUCCCACGCGAGCAAAUUGGCUCUGUACCGUAUGGAACAAUCAUCACUACUUGCAGAGAUCUCGGCCUCAUGGCGCUCACCUUUGACGACGGCCCUGACAUCUACACGUCGCAGAUCCUCGACAUUCUCAAAUCUUACAACGUCAAGGCCACUUUUUUCAUCGCCGGCAACAACCGAAACAAGGGCCCGAUGGACGACCCUUCCCGUCCCUGGGCCGACGUGCUCCGUCGCAUGCACGCCGACGGCCACCACCUCGCCAGCCACACCUGGACGCACCGCAGCCUGGACAAGGUCAACAAGACGAUCCAGUACUCGGAGAUGAUCUACAACGAAAUGGCAUUUCGCAACAUAUUUGGCUGGAUCCCCGUGUACAUGCGCCCGCCGUACCUCGAGUGCAGCGCCAACACGGGCUGCACCGACCUGCUCAGGACGCUGGGCUACCACAUUGUCACCAACAACAUUGACACCAAGGACUACCUCAACGACGCGCCGGAAAACAUACACCUCUCCAAAGAGCGCUUCGAGCGCGCCCUGUCGAGGGAUCCGUCAGAGAAUAGCUACAUUACGCUCGCACACGAUGUGCACUACCAGACGGUCGCCACGCUCACGGCCUACAUGAUUGAGCUCUCGCGCCAGCGCGGAUAUAGACUCACCACCGUCGGCGAGUGUCUGGGCGACCCACGGGAAAACUGGUACCGAGACACGCCCAACGGGCCCAGCGUGCCUACCUCGACAAGGCAGUCGCUGACACCGUCUCCUACGACGUCGUACACGGGUCCCACGACCACCGACCGCAUCUCGCCAGACCAGCGCUGCGGUGGCAGCACGGGGUACACGUGCCAGGGCUCGGCCUUUGGCGACUGCUGCUCAUUUUACGGAUUCUGUGGCUCGGACGACGGCCACUGCGGCACAGGCUGCGAUGUCGACUUUGGUACGUGCAACAAUGUGCCGCCCGGCGUCGGCGACACGACGAAUGGGCUCUGCGGGGCCAAGCUUUCAGCCACGUGCCGCAGCUUUGGCAGCAAGACGUGCUGCUCCGAGAAUGGCUUCUGCGGCGAUUCGUCUACGCAUUGUGGCGCUGGGUGCCAGAGCGGCUUUGGUCGCUGCAACUAG